UUUAAACUUUUGUGAAGAUAUUUUUCUGAGGGGGAUCGUUUGGGAGUUGAUGGGGUAUCAGAGGAGCAUGUGGCGAGUUCUAGGAGGAGGAGGAGGAGGAGGAGGAGAUGUUGCUGUGGUCAGGUGUUUCUGUUCAGAAGAGGAGGUGAACAUCUCUUUCAGGAGCGUCGGGGACGAUCGGCGGCUCAGACGAGUGUUUGUACGCCGCUGGUUUGAGUCCCCCCGUCUGUCCACUGCCUCCAUCAGCAGUGAUGAGCGCGCUCCGUCAGCCACGCCCUCCGACUCCUCCGACCUGCUGGCAUCUGACCGGCGCCCGGUGAGCCUGAUCUCCACGCUGUCCUCGGGCUCUGGAUCCUCCAGAGACGACAACCUAGCCCCCCCUCCGUCGUCCGCCACAUCCUCUGACCCCGACAUCAACCUGGACCUGAGCCCCGCUGGGGGCGCUGCAGAGACUGAGGGGACGACCCCACAGCCUAGCAGGAAGGGGCGGAGCUUCAUUCACAACAACAAUAACAACAACAAAGAGCGGACGACAAGUCGAGCCUCCAGCCGUCGGCAGCAGGUGUCGCCAUUCAUCAGCGCCAGCAUGGCGCCCAACCCUCAGCUGACCUACCUGGACCGUGUCGUCAUGGAGAUCAUUGAGACGGAGAGGAUGUACGUCAGAGAUCUGCGUAUGAUCGUAGAGGACUACCUGGCUCACAUCAUUGAUCAGUCUGAUUUAUCGAUCCGUCCCGAGCAGGUCUGUUCUCUCUUUGGGAACAUCGAGGACAUCUACGAGUUCAACAGUGAGCUGCUUCAGGCUCUCGACCUGUGCGACAACGAUCCCGUUGCAGUCGCCAGGUGCUUCGUCAUGAAGAGCGAGUACUUUGAAAUCUACACGCAGUACUGCACCAACUACCCCAAUUCAGUCGCUGCCCUGACGGAGUGCAUGCGGAAUAAAUCUCUGGCAAAGUUUUUCCGGGAGCGUCAGGGGUCGUUGAAGCGAUCGCUGCCUUUGGGUUCAUACCUGCUCAAACCUGUUCAGAGGAUCCUUAAAUACCACCUGCUGCUCCAGGAGAUAGCGAAGCACUUUGACCCAGAGGAGGAGGGUUACGAGGUGGUGGAGGAGGCCAUCUACACCAUGACAGGAGUGGCUUGGUACAUCAAUGACAUGAAGAGGAAACACGAGCACGCCGUCAGACUGCAGGAGGUUCAGUCAUUGCUGCUGAACUGGAAAGGUCCUGACCUCACCACAUACGGAGAACUGGUUCUGGAGGGAACCUUUAAGGUUCAUCGGGCCAAAAAUGAGAGAACGCUCUUCCUGUUCGACCGCAUGCUGCUCAUCACCAAACGCCGCGGAGAGCACUACGUCUACAAGACACACAUCUCUUCCUCCACUCUGAUGCUGAUUGAAAGCGCCAAAGACUCUCUGAGCUUCAGCGUCACACAUUACAAACACCCCAAACAGCCUCACACUGUCCAGGCGAAGACGGUGGAAGAAAAGAAGCUGUGGGCUCAUCACAUCAAACGCAUCAUUCUGGAAAACCACCACGCCAUCAUCCCACAGAAGGCUAAAGAGGCCAUCCUGGAAAUGGAUUCCAUCUACCCUCCCAAGUAUCGUUACAGUCCUGAGCGCCUGAAGAAAGCUCUGUCCUGCCAGUCUGACGAGUUUCCACGAGAUGCCCGUCACGGCCGUCGACAGUCAGAGCCAAUCAAACAACUGAAAAACUCCAAAGCGCUCCUGCAGCACUCCGACAGCGAGGGGGUGUUAGUGGGUGACAGGCGCUCGCUUCAGCCUGCCGUCAGCAGCAGCACACUGGGAUCCAGCAGCCUGGGGGAGUCUGAGACCGACCGGCCCGCCCAGGAGGAGGAGGACGGGGAUGAGCUGGGCAGCAGGAAGGACUCGCUGGAACGACUGAUGUGCAGCGAGGAAGAGGAGGAUGAUGAGGCGGGACGGUUGGACGAGGUUCUGCUGGAGGACGAGCAGGUAGAGGACUUUGCCAGCUCUGUUCUGGCUGCCAUCUCCUGCUGGCACUACACAGUCCAGGCCUUCCUUUCCUCCACGGGGACGGAGACAGAGGGAAGCAGCUCUAACAAAGAAAAUGGACAACUUCCUGAAGAAGAUGAACCAGGAGGAACUGAACCGACACCUGAGCAGCCAUCUGUAGAUGAGCUGCCACAGGAGAAGACAUCUGAGCCAGAAAACCCAAAACCAGAAUUGUCUUCUGAUCUGGAUCCUCCCAUGAUCUCAGCUUCUGCUAAAAAGUCAGAAGAACUGAAGCCUGAAGAAGAUCCAGAGCCCACAGAGGAACCAUGCUCCGCCACGCCAGAUUCAGAUUCAAAGACGUUGAGCAGCGGGGAAUCCUCCGAGGAGGAGGACGAGAAGGAGGCUGCAGAGAAGGUGCUUAAAUCGCCCAGCAUCCUCCCAUCCUCUGUCCUCGACAAAGCCAGCGCCAUCGCUCAGCACUUCACCAACAGUAUUAAGCGAGGCAGCCUGGCCCAGGACGACACCCGAUCUCUCGGCUGUGCUUCACCUCGGUUACCCAGCAGGACCGGCAGCAGCCUCAGCCUCUGCGCCGAACCAGCCGACCGACCCCUGCGGCUCAACAGUAUCUCUUCUGAUUCAGUGGAGACCUUCAGUGUGACAGAUUUGACCAUGUUAUCUCCUCGGGACGACAGCCUCUUUGACGCUGACAGAGGCAUUCGGCGGAGAAGGGACUCAACCCUGUCCAAGCAGGACCAGCUGCUCAUCGGGAAAAUCAAGACUUACUAUGAGAAUGCCGGAAACCAAGAUGCCACCUUUAGCCUCCAGCGCAGAGAGAGUCUGACAUACAUCCCGACUGGGCUGGUCAGGAGCUCCGUCAGCCGGCUCAACAGCAUCCCAAGGGAUGAAACCGUCCAGACAAACCCCUCCACCAGUCUGGACCCUUUCUCUGUGGACUCCCACUCAGCUUUACCCGCAGAUGCCUCAGAUCGCAUGGUCUCCAGUGAAUCCUUGGACUCUUUGAAGUCUGAUGGGAGAAGCACUGAUCCAGAAGAUUCAGGAGAAAGCCGCAGGUCCAGGUCUCAAAGCAUGCAGGAUAAUCCAUUUGAGGAUGAAGACUUCAGACCUUCAUCUGAAAUGAUCAAGAUCUGGCAAGCGAUGGAGCGAGAGAUCACCAAAUCCCAGAGUGACGAUGGAGGGCGAGACCGAUCCAGAGAAGCUCUAAGAAUUUCCAGAGCGACCGGUGGUUCUAACCUCACCAAGUGCUGUGACCAAGAGAGCACAGCAUCUGACCUCAGCACCAUCACAGAGGAGUCCACCAGUCCUUCACCCCUCAAGUCUAAGGUCUCAGGGGUGAACCGGACAGGAAGUCUGAAGGACGCCUUAAAGGUGUUUGGGGAAGAGGCCGUCGUCCUCAGGGCUCCGGUGCCUCGGGUCAUCCAGCUGAGGGCAGAAUCAGAGAGGGAAAGGCCGAGUGAGGAUUCAAACCAGCUGGACGACAUGGACACAGGGAAGAGCAAAGUCCUCCAUCUGGCCCGUCAGUACAGCCAGCGAAUCAAAACCUCUAAACCGGUGGUUCGACAACGAAGUCAGGGCCUCCUGAUCGCCAAGAAGAGCUUAGCCUGUGUGGUCGAGGAGAAGGAGAGUACAGGUAAACCCAACCUGACUCUGCCGCUAGUUUCUUCUAAGCAGUCGACCUCUCUGCCACUGAGUCCCAUAGAUCAGACCCGAUCUCCGACCCCUGGCCCCACGUGCAGCUCUGUAGGCGGCUCCAGGGGGGUCUCCCCGGGUCGGGCUCGCUCCCGCAGCCCCCUCAGUCCUACUCCUCCCGUCGAGGGCUUCAACUGGCCCGACGUCAGUGAACUCCGCUCCAAAUACUCCGACCAUGGUGGCUCGCAGAAGACUUCCGUCAGCCGCAGUCGCUCCAUCCCAGAGCAGAUGUUUGACGGCAGUCUGAGGAGGCACUCCAGCUGCUCCUCCAGCCCCCUCGCUGACGGAGCUUCUAGCGAGGGUCCUUCGUACAAGCCUCGAGGUAGCCGGGACACCAGCCGGGAGGAACGCAACAAACGGCUUCACAGAGCCAAUUCUUUGGACCCUCGGCUGAGCGGGGCUCAAAUGACUGAGCUGCAGAAGCUCCAGGACCAGGUUGCAAAUGGCAAGUACGAUGGUUACUACAUCGCAGCUGAGGCACCGCUACUGAACGACCCCGAACACAAGAUCAUCAUCAUGGAGAAGUGUCCAGAGCGGAAAGGAGCAGCCAAAGAACCCAAAGAAGAAGAUGAUGACAGCUAUGUCCAGAUCCGUUCACCGACCAGCCGGGAGAAGAUCUCCAUCAUGGCCGUCAUUGACCGCUGCCGGGCCUAUCAGGAGUCCGAUGAGUAUAAACAGAGGGAGGAAGCAAAAGCCAAAAAUGAGCCGGCAAAGCCUCAAGAGCUCGACAAGGCAACAGCAGCCUCUACAGCUCAGGACGUGCCCCAGAGAUCGAGAUCAAACUCUGGACAGAAGAUGGAAACUGGCCAAAAGAGCAUCGUGAAAAAUCUGAGAGAGAAGUUCCAGAGUCUGAGCUGAAUAAAUGUUUCCAUGAAAUCAGGUAACAACUCUGACUUCAGUAACCCAAAGACAUGAACACAAGGUCAAAGCCAAGUUGUUUUAAGUAGAAAACUGCUGUCAGGGUUUUACCUACAGUUAAAUACUCUACAGCAGACAAACAGCUGGAGGGGACAAACUCGCAUUUAUUUCUUCUGAUUGUGAGAGAAUUCUUUACAACUGGAAACGUUUGGAGAAAAUCUGUUAUCUCCAAAUUGUUGCAUUCAAUGUUUAAAAGUGGAGAAAAAUAAUAAAACAACCCAAAUUCUCGCUUUUACAUAAACAUGUGUGUGUACAUACACAUAGAAUCAUUGUUGUGAUUGCAUUUAGAUGACGUCUUUGUUGAUAGCACAUGCUCGUGCUCUCUGGCACUAUGUAGAUAACUCUCUAGCAUUAUGUAAAUAUCUUUAUGCAGCCGUCAAGUACAGAGUAUUUGUUAAAGCACCUUUUGUACAGGAUGCAGCGUGUUGAGCAGUUUCAGUACUGGGAGGAGGUUUGUUAACCUCCUCAGUCGCUCUCAGUGAAAAUACUGAUUUUAGGGAAUCAUCACUACACUAGGGGACCGGUCCUCUUCUUACGGCCCACUUCUGUUCGCAGCUAUAAAAGCUUCAGCAGUGGCUUUAAUUGCUCCUCUCUUUCAGUUACAGCUCAUCUGUGUGAAUUCCUGCUGCGAGAGGACUAACCACUAAAUCUGACCUCACUUUGUUCAGUCACAUGUCUGAAACCACCUCACACAACUUCUGGGACUGAUGUUACAGGAACAGUCUGACACUGAAACAGAUCAAGUCUCUGUGAUGUGUUUAGCCUAGCUUAGCACAAAGACUGGAAGCAGAGGGGAACCGUUAGCUCAGCCCUAACCAAAGAGAAAACCUUCAGACGCUUUAAGCCUGUGUGAUUCACAUGUUGUAUGUUGUUCGAUGAACACUGGCGAAGCUCUUAGGGAGUGAUUGGUUUUCUCCUGUUAAGAUUUUGUCCUUCAGAGCUGUCGGUGGAGUCGUGUCAGUCAUAAAGACUUUGUUUUGAAGUGUCGAUUAUCAAGUGUCACACAUUCUCCAAGUUUCAAACCAGCAACUACUAACUUGUGCCAAGAGUUGGUGCCAGAGUUCAGUAUAUCCAACAUUUGGCGAGCAAAACACAUUUUUUGAGGAUAAAAUACCAAAACAAAAGCUUAUGAAGACCAUGGUGGUUUAGCAGCAGUGCUGGGGUUGGAGAAGCUCUUGGUGCAUUGAUUGAACUGUCCUAAUGUUUAAACUUAACUGAAGGUGUGAUCGCUAGAUUGUUAUCCGACAGAACAAUGUCAGACUGUUUCUUUUCCCUGAUUUUGCUCUGGUUUUAUGAACAUUUUCAGUAAAUAGAUGAGCGUCAUGUAAUACAACGCUGAACCUUUGGAAUGCAGCCAGUCAGAUCAGUGUAUGGAGGACCAAACCUGCUUUACUAGGAGAACAACAACAAGAUUUUUUAAAAUUAUUAUUUUAAAUUAAAUACCAAAAUGAAUCAUUUAAUUUUUU